GGAAGUUAUUCCUCAACCCCCCCCCUUAAAGUAGAAGCGGUUUCCUAUUAAGUAGCGCGCUUGCUGCCGGGCCUGCAGUUGUUUUUAGGAAAUAAAUUUAUUGCAUGUGUGGAGGGUCGAAGUAUAGGUGUGUGUGGGGACGGCGCACAGGGCUAUUCGAGCAGCGUCAUCGCGGCCAUCGACAGACGGGACCCCAGUGCUGAGCGGAGCCGAGCUGCUCGGUUGCAGUUCGUACGCUUGGACUCUCAGGACAUCACGUCGUGGUGUCGCCCCCUUCCGCCAGUAUGGAGCAGAACAACAGCCUGCCUCCCUUCGCCCAGGGCCUGGCCUCUCCUCAGGGUGCCAUGACCCCCGGCAUGCCCAUCUUCAGUCCCAUGAUGCCAUACGGCACAGGUCUCACACCCCAGCCAGUGCAAAACACCAACAGCCUGUCCCUGCUGGAGGAGCAGCAGCGGCAGCAGCAGCAACAACAACAACAGCAGCAACAACAGCAGCAGCAGCAGCAGCAGCAGCAGCAGGCGGGUGCAUCGCAGCCACAGGGGGUGCCAGGUGUUUCCGGACAGACCCCUCAGCUGUACCACUCGCAGACGGUCACAACCACUACCGCGCUGCCGGGCAACACGCCAAUGUACACCACUCCCCUCACACCUAUGACCCCCAUCACUCCUGCUACGCCUGCCUCUGAGAGCUCUGGGAUUGUACCCCAACUUCAAAACAUUGUGUCAACUGUGAACUUGGGCUGUAAACUGGAUCUCAAAACGAUAGCACUUCGAGCCAGAAAUGCCGAGUACAAUCCAAAGCGUUUUGCUGCCGUUAUUAUGAGAAUACGAGAGCCAAGGACAACCGCCCUCAUCUUUAGUUCUGGGAAGAUGGUGUGCACAGGAGCUAAGAGUGAGGAGCAGUCUCGUCUGGCAGCCAGGAAAUAUGCACGAGUGGUUCAGAAGUUGGGAUUCCCAGCCAAGUUCCUGGACUUCAAGAUUCAGAACAUGGUGGGAAGCUGCGAUGUCAAGUUCCCCAUCCGCCUGGAAGGGCUGGUGCUGACACACCAGCAGUUCAGCAGCUAUGAACCUGAAUUGUUCCCAGGAUUAAUCUACAGGAUGAUUAAGCCCAGAAUUGUGCUUCUAAUAUUUGUGUCUGGUAAAGUUGUACUUACAGGUGCAAAGGUCAGAGCAGAAAUCUAUGAAGCUUUCGAAAACAUCUAUCCAAUCUUGAAAGGAUUCAGAAAGACAACAUAACUGGUGGCCCUCAGGCUGCCACUGCUGUUGUGUUGACCAUGAACUGGUUGUGUCCUGACCAGAUAGUGAACUUCAGAGGCUCCCGUACAGUUGUGAACCGUUGCCUUACUCAACGGUUCACCUGUGUAAUGUCUCCUUUUCCGGGGAGACGAACAUACUUUUAUUGGCUUUUAAAUGGCUUCUCAUGUUCCAUUUCUUUUCAAUUUUUAAUAUUUGCCUUUUAAAAUUUGUGUUCAUUUUAAAUUUUUAUUCAACCACCGCAGGUUUUACAUUCCUCAUUUGGUAAGAUUUUUUUUAAAAAAUAUCUUGUUCCCUUUGUCUUAUGUGUACAGUUAGAGUAUAAGUCUCAUGCUUUUUAGUCUUUAGUUGUUUGCCAAACUGGUUUGUAUUUGAUUUACUGUAAAUGGAGAUCUUACAUCUAUGUACAAAACUGUAGCACAAGGCUUAAUGGGAAAGUGUUAAAAGGAGGUAUUUUAAAAUUCAGACUUAGAAUUGAAAAAUCUAUUUUGUCCUGCAGCAUUCAUUUGUUUACUUCCUUCCAGACAAGUAUUUUCUGUUCAAAUUGCCAUCUUGGAUUUUGGUCUUCCACUAAACACCCACCUUAAAAAUG